UGCAGAUGUCACAUGAUCUAACAAAUUGUGGGGAGGAGGAUGUUCGAUUUCUGAUGAAUCUAUUUUAUAUAAGAAAAGAUCGCUGAGGAAUAGUGGCUCAUGUUCGCAUUUAGAAGCAAUUUUACUGUUGAAUUUCACCUUUUGAUCUAGCUGGUGUAUUAAACGGCAACAUAUGGCUGAGGAGGCAUUUGCCAUCGCCCUAUAUGACUACCAUUCACAAAAUGACGAGGAACUUUCCAUAAAGAAAAGUGAUAAACUGCUUAUUUUAAAUGACAGUGAAACAUGGUGGAAAGUUCAAAAUGAACGCCACCAAUCUGGUCUCGUACCAUCGAACUAUUUGCAGCGAACCGACUUCAAUAAGGGCAAGAAGAGCAUUGUUCACAAAAUAUUUUCGAGAAAGGGAAGCAGUGGUGGCCCAUCGGAUCCCAACACAGAGCCACCUGGGUACGCGUCACCCGAAUUUGUCCCCACGCGCGAUAGUUCAUCAGGCAAGGUGGACGAGGCUAUUGCGAAGUAUAACUACACACCCGUUAGAGACGAUGAAAUCGCGCUCACGAAGGGUGAUCGAGUAAAUGUGCUGGAAAAGGAAGGCGACGGAUGGUGGAGGGGUGAAGCCAACGGUAGAACGGGAUGGUUUCCCUCCAAUUACGUGGAGAUAAUAAAAGCGGGUAAUAAGGAGGGCAACGUUAUAUGCAAGGUGCGGACUUUGUAUGCAUUCACAACGACAAGUAGCGAGGAGUUGAAUUUCGAAAAGGAUUCCCUGUUAGAAAUCAUCGAUCAGCCGAAAGAUGAUCCCGAGUGGUGGAAGGCCAGAAAGGAGGACGGCACGAUCGGGCUCGUUCCCAAGAAUUACGUGAAGAUCCUUGAUGGAAAUCGAGACGAAAAACGACCGGUUCUCGACGGCGCUGGUUCAACGCCCGUGGCGGUUGUGGAUAAUAGUAUCCUGAAUAAGGAUUGGUAUCAUGGAAAUAUUUCACGUCAGGAAUGCGAACGCAAGCUAAACGCGGCUCCCGACGGCGAUUUCCUCGUUCGAGCUAGUGAGACGAAGAGUGGCGAUUUCUCGGUAUCGAUGAAGGCACCUGAUCGGAUUAAGCACUUCAGGAUCAAGGCAUUGCCAAAUAACGGUUUUGGAAUUGGCCAACGAACAUUCUCAUCGCUAGACGAACUUGUAGAGCAUUAUAAAAGGAUGCCGAUAUUUACAUGUGAGAACGGACAAAAAAUGUACCUAUUACGGUCCUACCCUAAACAGGACUAUUUAAGAAAUGGUAUCCAACGUUAGACUAUGAGAAGUUAGAAUAUUUAAAUGAGUAUACACUCAUGUAUACUUGAUCUAUUUACGUAUAAUGGUUUAGGCUUGAAAAUGAAAUCUGCGUAAUAGAUUGGGCGAAAUCGUAAUACUCCACGGUGAAUAGUAUAAAUAUAUAUAUCUAUAUAUAUAUCGUUCUACCCGUUUGGUGUUUGUGCAGUUUGUAACUGUAAUUUCAGUGUAACAUAUCAAAAGUUUACAGUAAAUUAUGUAAGAAAUAUCACAGUAAUAUUGCGCCUUAGGAAUAAGGCGUUUACUUGAUUUUUUCUUUAGAAGAUUGUAA